AUGAGCGAUGCCGAUUUUAGUGAUGGAGAGGAUGAUAGUGCAAUAAAUUCAGCAUCUACAGUGGAUAGUAAGCGGCAUGCUCGUGCACAGCAUAAUGCUUUAGAACGACGUCGUCGUGAUAAUAUCAAGGAUAUGUACGGUGCUUUAAAGGAUACUAUUCCUGGGAUGCAGAAUGAAAGAGCUUCACGAGCUGCUGUUCUGAAGAAAUCAAUCGAUUUAAUAACCUCAAAGCAGGCUGAUUUGGAGAAAAUUUUAGCUGAAAAUCAAAAACUGGAACAAGAAAAUAAUGUGUUGGAGCAUGAAAUUGAACGAUUGAAACAAGCAGCCGAAAGUCAAACUACUGAAACGGUAUCCGAUGAUACAAAUCGACGGACCAAUAGAGAUAUGUUAGGAAAUGAUGUGAUAUCCGGAAAUGAUCCUUCUCAGUUGAGUUCAUAUUUUACUCCUCCAAAUCGUAAACGUCCAGCUCCAACUGAUGAUCAACGUACAGUUUCAAGAAAUGCCUAA